CUUCCUUCCAGGUUCUUCAACUCACCUGCUAGGCGAUCCCAACGCCGGACGCGAUCCGACCUUAAGUUUUCUUCCAGGUUCAUUUAUUACGCAAGUUUUGAAGUGUUUCAUUCCCGGGCCCCAUGGGCAUCCCUCAGUUCAAACGACAUCUGGAGCCCUACGCCGAGAGGGCUUUGAUCGAACCGUGCAAUGUAGUUCUGGACGGGCCAGCGUUAGCUUACCAUAUUCUCAACCUCUGUUCCAGGACGAGACGCAAGGGCAGCCCCCUGGAGCAACCGUCGUACCAGCUUCUGGGCAAAACGGCCGUGGCAUGGCUACACCGAAUCCAGGCAUGCGGACUUUCAGUCUCGGCCAUCUAUUUCGAUGGUUAUCUGCCCAACUCAAAGCGAAAUGAACGGAUUCAACGACUCCUCAAAUCCUCACGGGAUCUGAUCCGGUAUCACUCGACGUUUCUGACAGGAGUGCCGAAGGGUCGUGCGGACGGCGGUGGCGAUGCGGAUGCCGACUUGUUUCCGAGUGCAUGGCCCGGAGAACACAAAGCAAAACCGCCGCCGCCGCCUUUCCUCGUUCCUGCCAUCAUUGACGCCUUGAGGGAGUCGUCGGAGUUCAGUUCCUGCGUCAGGUUGGUGCCCGGGGAAGCCGACGGGUUCUGCGCGGAGCAUGUCCGCCGGCACGGCGGAACCGUAUUGACGUCUGACUCCGAUCUACUGGUUCACGAUCUCGGCGAGACUGGCGGCGUUAUUUUCUUCCCAGACAUCGACGCCGGUGUGGAGAUGGAGACACUCGUAGCCCCCCAAUACCGACCUGCUGAUCUCUGCCGACGACUUUCUCUUCGACCAGAAACUGGACUCCAGUACCUUGCAUUUGAGGUCAGCAGGGAUCCUCAUCUGACCUUGGAGCAAGCCAUCGAAAAGUCCAAGAGGAGGGAGGCAAUCCCAGCCUCCGGGGAGGAAUACUCCAACUUCAUGGAGCAGUAUCACUCCCCAGGCGUGGCAUCCCAGUUCCAGACGGACGAAGUUCCGACUCUCGACCCGCGGUUAUCCGAGCUUUUCCUCCGAGCUUUCCGGGGAUCCAAAAAAGCUGUCGCUCCAGUGUCAGAGCCAGGGCCCGGCAACGGAUUGGACAUCUAUCUGCCCUUCCUGCUUGACUGCCCAAACCGGGCAAGUGCUUGGGAAGCAAGCAAACCCGUGAGACAGCUUUCAUAUGCAAUUUUGCAGUCCUUUUGCGGCAACAGCAUACCAUCGGUAACAGAGACGAGGAGGUUACAGUCCGUGUCUUCGGGUUCGCGGGUCGAGGUUCCAAAACCUACCGAGGCGAAGGAGCUGGGCACUUUCCUGCUUACACUCUGUACCGAAAUCGAGGACGGCAUCAGCGACUCUGAGUCCAUUUGGGUAGUCUUGUCCGUUUAUCAGGAUAUCGUUAUGACUCUCGAUCGCGGUAGAGGCAAUCCCCUUAGCCUCGCAUUGCUAGAGCAAGAAGCUAGAGGGGGGCUGGACCAGUGUUCGUGGGACUUCCUUCACCUCGUCGCGCAGGCUCAAGCAACCUACUACUCGCUGAGAAUGCUCCGCCAAAUCAUCGAGCUGUCGGCGCAGUAUACGGGGUCCCUGUGCACAACCAUGUCGGAGCUCGCGCGCUUCUUGUCCCGUCUUCCCUCCUUACCGGGCUUUCCUACAUGCAAGAACUUCUUAGAGAACCUGCAAAGGGCGAGGGAGGCAGGGCUCCUUUCUUGCUUGCGGAGUCUCUGUGUAGGCUAUGGAGAUAUAAUCCUGCAGAUACAGUCCAUCGAGCAACCACCGGAAAGCAAGAGGCCCAAGAAGAAAAGGAGAACCAUGCCGCCGUCGAGUCAGAAGACAGCCGAACCUCGGUCGAGCAACCCGUUCAAUCUCCUGGCGGCGAAAGGAGAGGAACUAUGAAAAGCCCACAAGGCCACUCACAUUGAAACCGGUAGCUUUGGACACGCUAAGCAAUUUAGCCUGCCUGCUACCUUCAUAUGAGCGCACAUCUCGCUCCCAUCUCUUGGAUCCUCUUGUAAGCGUUGGCCUGCGUACAAGUAUUUACCUACUAUGUAGAAGAGGUGUAGAGAGCCAAAAAGAAAUGAAGUAGAAUGCAUGAGAAAAUAAGAAAACAAAAGCCGGAAUGAGAAAAGCGACAGGUACCUAGAUGAUCUUGCCAUAGGUACCAACCUCGAUCUUGCUGUACAAAUCAAG